AUGACUGACUUUUUUUCCGAUCGUUGCGCAAAACUGCAGGUUCGAUACGCCGCCCAAGAGAUUCAGCCCGCGAAAUCGGCCCGCGCCCGCGGUGCCUACCUCCGAGUUUCUUUCAAGAACACCCGCGAGACCGCCCAGGCCAUCAACGGCUGGAAGCUGCAGCGAGCUGUCCAGUUCCUCGAGAACGUCAAGGAGCACAAGGAGGCCGUCCCCAUGCGACGAUAUGCCGGUGGCACUGGCCGCACCGCCCAAGGCAAGCAGUUCGGCGUCACCCGCGCCCGCUGGCCCGUCAAGUCCGCCGAGUUCCUCCUCGGUCUCCUGAAGAACGCUGAGGCCAACGCCGAUGCCAAGGGCCUCGACACCGGUGCCCUCAUCGUCAAGCACAUCCAGGUCAACCAGGCCCCCAAGCAGCGAAGACGGACGUACCGUGCCCACGGUCGUAUCAACCCCUACAUGUCCAACCCCUGCCACAUCGAGCUCAUCCUGACCGAGGGUGACGAGGUCGUCCAGAAGUCCGAGGAGGUUGCCGGCCGUGAGCAGCUCCGCCUCACCGCCCGCCAGCGCGCCGUCCGCGCCCGCAAGGCCAUCACCGCCGCGUAA